CAGUUGGCAGGAGUGGUGGUGCGACAUCUCAGCUGAUACUGUUGUGUUUUUUUGUUUUUUUAGGAGGGCAGCGGUUUGUAAACAAACAAACCAAAUCUUUCUGCUGUCUUGGAAAUAUGUUCCAUAUGUUCAAGAGAUUCAUUGGGAAAUAUAUGUCGCACAGUAGUCUCUCUGGAAAUGGAGGCCUUUCCAACACGCGGUUCAUAAUGCUAUUUCUACUCAGCUUUUUCGUAGCCGAUCACCAGAUUGUGGAGUCAGUAUCAAAGUUUCCCAUGGUGUUGGUCAUAUCUAUGGACGCAUUCAAGCCAGACUAUGUUGACGACUGCUUAACCCCCACUAUUGUUAAGCUUCGAUCCUCAGGUGCGUUUGCACCUUUCAUGAAAAAUGUCUUCCCGACGAAGACUUUCCCCAACCACCACAGUAUUGCUACUGGGGUGUACCCUGCAGUGCAUGGAGUGCUAGACAGCACUGUAUAUACUUCCAAAGAUGACUGUGCUAAUCGCUCAUUGAUUGGGUACAGCUAUGAGCUUUACCACUAUAACAAUGACAUUCUACCAAUAUGGACUUUAAACCAGUUAGCUGGGAAGGGCCGUCACAGUGGUGUAAUGAUGUGGCCUGGUGGAGAAUUUGCUUAUGGUUGCAAAAAGACGAAGCCAACAUUUUCUCAGAAAUGGGAUGAAAAAGUCAGCUACCAAGAACGGGUUGAUACUGUUUUAUCAUGGUUCAUGAAUGAAAACACACCUGCUAACCUUGUUAUGCUGUAUCUGGAAGAACCCGACUUGCAUGGUCAUGCAUUUGGUAUUGAUUCACCUGAAGUACGGGAACAAAUCCAAAAAUUAGAUAAAAAUCUUGAUUAUAUUUAUCAGCAGUUUAAAAAACAUAGUUUGGAUCACCUAGUUACUGUGUUUGUUGUUAGUGAUCAUGGAAUGAUCAAUCUGGACCAAAGAAACAUUAUAGAUUUGAAUAAAUAUGUUGACAAUUCUUCUUAUAUCACUGCUGGAAGCUCUCCUGUAUUACAAAUAUUUCCUAAUGAUGGUCUAGAAAACAGUGUGAUUUCUGGCUUACGGGAAGCAAGACAAAAAUAUGGACCUGUAUUUGAUGUGUAUACUAAAUCAGAAAUACCUAGCACAUGGCAUUAUUCUGAGAACAACAGAACUUCUCCAAUUCUAGUUGUAGCUAAGGAAGGAUAUGCCUUCCAAGACAUGUAUAAAAAUAUUGAGUAUUUAAAUAAGAAGUUUGAUAUAGAAUCAAACCCAAGAAACAAAUAUGGUAUACAUGGAUACCCCAAUACACUGUCUUCAAUGCAUCCACUGUUUUUUGCUUGGGGACCUUUAAUAAAACCUCAUAUCAGGUUGGAUCCUUUUAAUACAACCGAACUGUAUUCCUUGUGGGCACAUAUUUUAAACCUUGAAAUAGAACAUGAAGUGGAAUCAACCCUGAACUUAACCAUGCUGCUUUCAAGUUCGUCUCCUUCCAUUUCUUCAACGACAGAACAACAAACACAAAGAAAUGUUACUCAGUCCCCAGGAAGCAUAACACGCCAACAUUCAUCUCCUUUGUGGAUGUACUGGUUUUUCGGUAUGAUUGCCGUAGUACUCUUUAUGAUCAUUGCUGGAACAAUCCUACAUUUCUGCAGAGAUUUAAAUGAUAGAUCACAUGCAGAGCCCAUAAUUCCUCAACACCAUAGAAACUUGCUUGAAAAUCAGCAUUUACUUGUGUCAGACUCGGAUGAUGAGUUCAAACUCUGAUUCAUUUCAGCUGAUACAUCUUUUGAAGUUAGCCGCCAUUUAAAUUGUGGACUUAUCUACAAAUGACCUAUGUAAUAUGAUUGUGAUAAUUGUUUUAAAUAUUUAAUUUAUUGUUAAGUACUUACUAUUUAUUAUAUUCAGGCUGUAAUAUCUUAUGAAUUUUCCAAGUUGUAAAGAUAUUUAUUUUACUAUUUGAUGAUCACGGGUAUGAGAUCUCAAGAAGUGGUUCUAGUCUUUCGGUGCAACGGUCUUGAGUACAUGUCUCUUGCACAACUAACAACAUCUGUAAACUAGUGUCAAUUUUAAAAUUGUGACCAGUGUUGUGAAUAAAUUUAAAAAUUGUUUUGGACAGUA